GCUGCACUGGUGGGUGGCACUGGUGGGCAGCACUGGUGGGUGGGCACAGGUGGGUGGCACUGGUGGGCACAGGUGGGUGGGCACAGGUGGGUGGCACUGCUGGGCACAGGUAGGUGGCACUUCUGGGCACAGGUAGGUGGCACUGCAGAGUGGCACAGGUGGGUGCACUGCUGGGCACAGGUGGGUGCACUGCUGGGCACGGGUGGGCGGAACUUGCGGGUGGCACUGCUG